GGCAGGCGACUCAGUGUCGGUCGGGAAGGUGGCGAGUGUGUGCCCGUCGCUGUUCCUGCCUGCCUCUCCUCCUUCCCCCCCAGGGGCACCAAACUCACGUGUCCUGCCCCUCGGUACCUUGGUAACCCCCCCGUGUGUCCUGGCACUCAUGUCCACCAGUGGCUGAGACCCAGAUGCAAGAGUGUUAGUAAAGGCGUCGACGCCUGGUUCACGGGACACAACCUGCGGUUUGACUGAAUUAAGAUUGGAGGGAUAAAUAAUUACGGAUAUUGAUUCCCCCGCCUCUUCUUUUCCCCCCCCUUCCCUACCCCCCUCUACCCCACUCCCCUCCCUAUCAACGUCCGCCUCAAUAGCAGUGAGGGGAACUACCAGAAGAUCUGUGGUCAGCUGGGAGCCAGGAAGGUGUCGCCACGACGGAACAAGACGCCAUAGCCUCGUGGUGUGUACCCGCACACUGCUCACGUCUCCCUAUAAUGUCCACACUGAAGCCUUCACACAGCUAAGAACAAUACGGGAAGUAAAGGAGAGACGAGACGUGGCUGCAGCCGGCGCUCCUCAACACAUCUCAGAUGGGCGUGUGGAAGUGCGUGGUGGUGGCCUGCAGCCUGGCCGUGGGCGUGGGCGGCCAGCGAGCGCCCUGCUACGAGUGUGAGAUGUACAAGGACGCCCACCCUCACUCCAACCCUUACAUAGCUAUCCGCGCCCACUGCGUGUACCCGUGCGGGUGUGAGGGCGUGCCAGAGUGCGCGCCAGGCGUGCGGGUGGUGAUGGACGGGUGUGGCUGCUGCUGGCAGUGUGCGCGCCAGCUGGACGAGCCUUGCGACGGUGCCACCGUCUGUGACGUCGCCGCGGGACUCACCUGCCACUACGCCACCACCGCUGACCCCACCGGCACCUGCCAGGAGGUGCGGCCUGCCAAGUGUACCGUCAACAACCGAACAUACGACCAUGGCCAGAUCUUCGCACUUGACUGUCGCACCCAGUGUUCCUGUCAGAACGGGACGUACGCGUGUGUGCCACUGUGCCCCAGCGAGAACAUCCCGCCGGGGGAAGAGUGCCACAACCCACACCUGGUGACGGUGCCAGGCCAGUGUUGCCGCGAGUGGAUGUGUGACACCGACCCAGGUAAGGCUGUGGGUCCGCCGGCGUGCGCACGAGAGUCUGGCAGCUGGUCGGCGUGCUCCAGGGGCACGUGCGGCGCCGGCAUGUCCGUGCGCUGGACCACCGACAACCCUGACUGCCGCCCUCUCAACCAAACACGUUUGUGUCAAGUCCGGCCGUGUCAGGAGCGGCUCCGGCGCGACCCCCAGCAGUCAACACCGCCCGACACAGCCGUCAAGUUCUCCAGGAAACAUCAUAUUAGACGCGGACACACGUGCAAGGCGACACAGAGGCAAGUGAAGUCGGUACGACUCCGUGCAGGCUGGUGCGUCAGCGAGCACCGCUACAAACCCAAGCAGUGCGGCGCGUGCACAGACCGCUGCUGCACAGUACACGCCUCCACCACCAUCUCCGUCGCAUUUCUGUGUCCUCUCCACUACAACAACGACCUGUCAGCGCCGCGACCCCGCUACCACAUCCUCUCCAGACUCCGGCGCACACGCCCCGUCCCCCACACCACCACCACCACCACCACUCAUGUUCCUGACGUGUACGACAUGAUGGAUGAAGGACAACCUAUCCUGGAACCUGCUCUAACCUAUCCACAACGAGCACAAGAAGAUGAACCAGCAAUCGAGGAGCACCCUGUCACCGACCACUUUCAUGGUCACAACCACCGCCGUGGUCACGACCACCUGCAUGGCCUCAACCACCACCACCGUGGCCAUAGUCGUGCAGCCAGUGACUACUAUAAAUACAACGUAGUCGGAGGCGGCGCGGCCGACGACCAUGACGCGACCCUACAGUUGGUACACAGCAACUUACUUGUGGAGGACGACCUGGAGUACGAGCACAUCAAGAGCGACAGCUAUGAGGUGGUACAUCAUCAAGUGGAGUGGAUCCUGCGGUGUAAGUGUAGCCGGACCUGUGAGCCUCAGCCACACACACACCAGACACAACCACAAGCCACAAAAGGAACACAAGGAACGCUUACGUAACGUUUAGGACGUGCGUGUACACCUAGACCUGAAUGACAGGAAUCACCGCGUUACUUCUGAUGACUUACAAGGAACACUUCGCGGCCGGGCAGCACGGAGUAUAUAUGUACCCACGCCACACUACACCUGGCCCUAUAGCCCGUGCUACAUGGACAUUUCGUUCUGAGUAGCUAAAUCUAAAACAAGAAGAAGAACAACACCUGGCCAGAGAUGGUGUGGUCUCUGGCCUGGAGUGUGCCGCCAGACUACACCAGGUGUGGUCUCUGGCCUGGAGUGUGCCGCCAGACUACACCAGGUGUGGUCUCUGGCCUGGAGUGCGCCGCCAGACUACACCAGGUGUGGUCUCUGGCCUGGAGUGCGCCGCCAGACUACACCAGGUAUGGUCUCUGGCCUGAAGUGCGCCGCCAGACUACACCAGGUGUGGUCUCUGGCCUGGAGUGCGCCACCAGACUACACCAGGUGUGGUCUCUGGCCUGAAGUGCGCCGCCAGACUACACCACAGCGGACUCUUAACGCCUUGUGAAGAAUCAUGUACAACACAUAUCUUUGUUUAUAAGUUUAAUUGCCUUCACAGUGUCCUCAGUACUGGGAAGCGGUCUUCAGACAUGACCAUUUGACAUGACAACUUGGGAUUUAUUAAAGAAAUCAGGUUUGGUGUGACCGUUAACCACUUACACAAAGUGUCCUUGGCCCCUUGAAACGUUUAACUAAAUAUGUGAUUAUUUUACAGUUGAAGUUAAUAGUUGCACAUUUACCUGAAUGAUGGGUAAAUGCUAAGUAUCCCAGGUAUUAUAGUGAUGUAGGCCUUGAAUAUCAUUUGUCAAUACUGUAUAUGUAUGUAUGAAGCCAACUUAGAAUGUAUGUAUUUUUUGUAUAUAUAUAUAUAUAUAUAUAUAUAUAUAUAUAUA